CUCAGCGCUUCCGCGUUUCCGGUACUCGUAGUGCGCUCCGUUUCGUUACUUGCUUCAGUUGGCAAAUUUAUAAAAAUAAUAUUCCACUGGUGCGGAAAUCUACAAAAAUCCCUAGUGUAAAAAAAAUACAAAGAAUGUGAAAAAUUUAUUGUGUUGAUUUAGACAAGGAUUAAGGUUGAUAAACCAGAUUGGAAUACAAUAAAGUAAUACAUAUUCCAACCGGAAAAGUGUGAAUGCUGUUUCAAAAGUGUUUUUGAGUGUUUAAAAAGUACUGACAAUUCUGAAAACUUGUCGUAUUCCGAAUUAUUUGGGAAGAUUUAACAAUCAUGGAUGCCUCGCAGCUCACGGAACUGAUGAGCAGUCAUGACUUCAUGCAGUUGCAACAUCAGUUGCAUCACAACAACAACAACUACAACACAGACGGACACAAUGGACUAUCAUCGGAGUCGGCGGAGGGCAGUUCAAGGCCAGUGCGCCGCGCCACCAGACGCACCUCACAGCUAAGCAAUAACACCUACGAUCUGGAGAUGACGGACUCCAGUUCGCAAAGUGAUGACACAAGUGGCGGUGGCGGCAGCAGCAAUGGAGGCGGCAGUGCCACCAAUACUGGCCAGGGAUCGGGAUCGGGGGUGCUGGGACAGGGGGGCGGGGGAUCCCAAGGUCGCGGGCGGGGCCAGCAGGCCAACGCCAGUGCCUGCCCCUCGACCCUCAACCCGAACAGUGCCAACUCCAGCUCCUCCAAUGCCAACUCGAACGCCAAUCGACGGCGCAAGGGAGCUCUGAAUGCAAAGGAACGGAAUAUGCGGCGACUGGAGUCCAACGAACGGGAGCGGAUGCGGAUGCACAGCCUCAACGAUGCCUUCCAGUCGCUGCGCGAGGUCAUUCCGCACGUGGAGAUGGAGCGGCGGCUGUCCAAGAUCGAAACCCUGACGCUGGCCAAGAACUACAUCAUCAAUCUGACGCACAUAAUACUCUCCAAGCGGAAUGAGGAGGCGGCUGCCUUGGAGUUGAACUCGGGUGGAGUGGGCGGAGUCCUGCUCUCCAAUCUCACGGCGGAGGGUGGAGGGGUAGGAGGAGUAGGAGGAGGAGGAGCAGGAGUAGCGAACGGAGCCACGACGCUGUGCUUCGAGGAUGCCCUGGCCAAUGGAGGCGCCUUCGACUGUGCCCUCCUGGCGGCCACCGAUGGCAGUCUGCUGAACGCCGCCGCCGUGAACGCCAGUCCCACGAUGCAGAGCCUCCAGCAGCCACAGGCCCCGAUGCACAUGCAGACGCCGCUGGAGCAGCAGUCUAGUCACCUCCCUUCGCUUCCCCACCACCAGCAAACGAUCCAUGGCCAUGGGGGCCACAUGGGAGCCACCAUGAUGCAGUCACAACAGCAGCAGCAACAGCAGCAGCAGCAGCAGCAGCAACAGCAACAGCCGCCCACACUCAUCCUCAAUGGCAGUGCCUCAGUGAACGUGGGCGUUGGAAUCGGGGUGGGAGUGGGCGUGGGUGUGGGUGUGGGUGUGGGCGUGGGGGUCAACAAUGCCAACAGUUUUGCCGAUAUCAACGAUAACUUCGACGAGCCAUUCCGAGAGUUUCUCUAAGCAGUUUGGCCUGAUCGUAAGGACAGUCACACAUGUAUAAAUACAAUAGAAGGGCUACAAUUAUAUUAUAUUUAAGUGAUUUUCGAGAGAACGAUAUUUAUGGGCUUUUAAGAUUUUAUAAAUAGACCUCUUCUUUGCAAUAGACCUCAUUGGUAAAAAAUAGAAUCUACAACCAGGGAAUCUAAAGGAGUUGUUAAGCUUGUAAGCCGAGUUAAAAGAUAACAUACAGCCACUUGUUUUGAAAGGAUUUUGCCCGUUAGCAGAUAGAUCUUUACACCUUACUUAAAGCCACUUAUUUAAUGUUUAGCCUACAGCCGGAUUUAUUUGUCAAAGUAGUAGUUUUAUCUCAUGAGGAGAUUCAAUUUUUUCUGUGUUUUCCAGCUUACUUGAGUGGAGAAUUUUAAAAAAUAUUUAAAGUUUAAAACUUACUUACACUCUAGAGAAAGUAAGUUUCAGAAAUUCCGUUCCCGAACUUUUUUUUUCUUUAAACAGAAAUCUAGUUUUAGUUACGAAUCUGUAACGAAACUUGAAAUAUCAUCAGAUAUACGUAUACAUUAAUUAAAAGAUAAAAUAUAUCCAAACUUAGGGUUCCAUAAGACAUAGGAUUUAAUGAAGUAAAAUUAGUCAAAGUACAUACAUAUAUAUGCACUAUUAACCGCAGUUCAAAUUCACGUCGAAUUCAUUGUAAUAUUUACAUUUCAUUUAUACAAACAUGGUUAUAUUAAAACAGAGGAAAAAACGCAAAGAACAGAAGAACUCUAA